UCGAUUUUUGCAAAGUUCUACAUCCUUUUCAAGAUCCAUUACAGUGUUCUCUUUGGUUAUUGUUUGGGGGUUCUUGUCUUGCAAACGCCCUAUUUUCUCCGAGUUUUUGUUAUUAAAUUACUGAGAAUUGAAGAUGGCGAUCUCUACAUCUCACCUGUUAAGGCAAGUGCAGGAAGCUCAAGAGUUUGACCGUGACGCUUUGUUUCGCUACGCCUCUGCUAAUGUCGCUGGUUUCCCUGCCUCUCCCUCCACUUUCAUUGUCAAACAGUUUGGGCAUGGACAAUCGAACCCCACGUUUCUUUUAGAAGCGGCAACCGGAGUUUCUGUAAAACGGUACGUUUUGAGGAAGAAGCCUCCUGGCAAAUUGCUCCAGUCUGCCCAUGCCGUGGACAGAGAGUAUCUGGUUCUGCGGGCGCUGGGUGAACACACACAAGUUCCGGUUCCUAAAGUAUUCUGUUUGUGUACGGAUCCAAAAGUGAUUGGAACUGCAUUUUACAUUAUGGAAUAUUUGGAAGGACGCGUUUUUAUAGACCCCAAGCUACCGGGCGUGGCACCUGAGAGGAGGGGGGCAAUAUAUCGAGAAACUGCCAGAGCGUUGGCUGCUUUACAUUCCGUUGAUGUGGAUGCUAUUGGACUUGGGAAAUAUGGGCGGCGAUAUAACUAUUGUAAACGACAGGUAGAGAGAUGGACUAGACAAUACAUUGCAUCAACUGGUGAGGGUAAGUCUCCGAGGAAUCCAAAGAUGUUGGAGCUCUCUGAUUGGUUGCUGCAACAUAUUCCCUCUGAAGAUUCUUCAGGAGCAUCAGCAGGCCUUGUUCAUGGAGACUUUCGCAUUGAUAAUGUUGUAUUUCAUCCCACUGAGGAUAGGGUGAUUGGUGUUCUUGACUGGGAAUUGUCCACUCUUGGUAACCAGAUGAGUGAUGUUGCAUACAGCUGUUUGGCUUAUAUUGUCGAUGUUAACCUUGAUAAUCAACAAUUGGAAAAAGGCUUUGAACUUACUGGAGUUCCGGAAGGGAUUCCUUCACAGGCAGAGUAUCUGGCGGAAUACUGCUGUGCAUCUGGAACACUAUGGCCAGCCAACGUAUGGAAGUUCUAUGUUGCAUUUGCUAUGUUCCGAGGGGCAUCUAUCUAUGCUGGGAUACAUAGUCGAUGGAUUGUGGGUAAUGCUACAGGAGGUGAGCGUGCCCGAAAUGCAGGAAAUCUUGCUAAUGGUCUUAUAGACUCUGCAUGGGAUUUUAUUGCGAGAAAAUCUGUGCUGCCUCUUCAACCUCCAUCAGAUCCAAUAGCACAGGAUAACAUAAAACGAUUUGGUGGGGAGAAUGAAGUUCAAGGCCUGUCAGAAGUUAAUGGGAGGUUUGUUCCCAGCAAAAAGGUGGUUGAAUUGAGGAAAAAAUUAAUCAAGUUUAUGGAAGAUCACAUUUACCCGAUGGAAAAUGAGUUCUACAAGCUUGCCCAGUCUUCAUCACGUUGGACAGUGCACCCAGGGGAGGAGAGGCUGAAGGAACUGGCAAAGAAAGAAGGGCUAUGGAACUUAUGGAUACCUUUUGAUAGUGCUGAAAGAGCAAGAAAACUGAUCAUUGAUGGAAGAAGUUAUGCUGUCUCCAAUGAUGCCCAUGAUCAAUUACUUGGUGCAGGCCUCUCAAACCUUGAAUAUGGAUACCUUUGUGAGAUCAUGGGUCGUUCUGUUUGGGCUCCACAGGUGUUCAAUUGUGGUGCACCUGACACUGGAAAUAUGGAGGUAUUGCUAAGAUAUGGGAACAAAGAACAACUGCUUGAAUGGCUUGUACCCAUUCUUGAAGGGAAGAUUCGUUCUGGAUUUGCAAUGACAGAACCACAAGUUGCAUCAUCUGAUGCUACAAAUAUUGAGUGUUCUAUUAGAAGGCAAGGGGAUUCCUAUAUCAUCAAUGGGAACAAGUGGUGGACAAGUGGAGCUAUGGAUCCAAGGUGUAGACUUCUUAUAGUAAUGGGAAAAACUGACUUCACCACUGCUAAGCAUAAGCAGCAAUCCAUGAUCUUGGUGGAUAUUCAGACUCCAGGCAUACACAUAGAGAGACCACUCAUGGUCUUUGGCUUUGAUGAUGCACCUCAUGGUCAUGCUGAAAUUUCAUUUGAAAAUGUACGCGUGCCUGCAAAAAAUAUCCUCCUGGGAGAAGGACGUGGAUUUGAGAUUGCUCAGGGUAGACUGGGCCCGGGAAGAUUGCAUCAUUGCAUGAGAUUGAUAGGUGCUGCUGAGCGUGGAAUGCAAUUGAUGGUUGAAAGGGCUCUCAGUAGAAGAGCAUUUGGAAAAUUGAUUUCUGAACAUGGUUCAUUUCGUUCAGACAUUGCCAAGUGUCGAGUGGAGUUAGAGAAAACGAGAUUGUUGGUUUUGGAGGCAGCGGACCAGCUUGAUCGACUUGGGAAUAAGAAGGCCCGUGGGACUAUUGCAAUGGCCAAGGUAGCAGCUCCAAACAUGGCACUCAUGGUGCUUGACAUGGCAAUGCAAGUGCAUGGUGCAGCUGGUCUAUCAUCUGACACCGUUUUGUCACAUCUUUGGGCUACAGCUAGAACUUUGAGAAUUGCAGAUGGUCCUGACGAAGUCCACUUGGGUACCAUUGCCAAGUUGGAAUUGCAGAGAGCUAAGCUUUGAAAACUUUGGAGUAAUUAGCUCUUUUUUUUUUUUUAAUUAAUUGAAGAUAAAAGAGGGCAAAAAAUAAGUUACAACAAAAAAAAAAAUCUGAUUUGAGAGAUAAAUGGUGGAUCUUUGUAAUUACUAAUAAGUUCCAAACAUUUCUUUGAUGUGUAAAAGAGGAGAAUAAUGGCGAUACCUCAAUAGCAUAUAAUUAAUCUUCAAUUUGAUCU